AUGCAACUUGUACAACAAGCACAGUCACAUCCACAACCACCUUCUCAUUCUGCCCUCGUACAAACACAGCAGCAUGAGCCAAGAGGGUACCAAAAACAACCCAAACACCUGCCAAUUUUAACCAUCAAGAAUUUAUUUGAUAUCCAAUCGGAGUCAUCAUCAGCGUCAGCUUCAUCACUGUUACAAUCUGACCACUCAUUGCAAUCAACUGCCACUCCGUUCAAUCGAAGCAAUACAAGUUCCAUAUCUACAUAUGAUAACAAUCAUCACAACCACCACCAACACCGCCAUCACCAUCAUCACCAUAACCACCAUUCGCAUAAUCAUCAGCACAAGAGGGCAAGAAAUCUGGAUUGUGGGUUAACAGUGGCAAAUCACACCCAUGAAGAUGGAUUUAGUGUUUAUGAAAACUCCCCCGUUGAUGAAGACAAAGUUGUCUUGGAAGUAUAUGAACAAAAUAGGAAACCAUGCACAACUGCAAUACAAUCUCACUCAUCGCCAUUAUCGGUUAUGAAUUUCAAUUUUGAGUUUGAUAAUUGGAGUUUGGAUGAGUUGCCACCGAUGGACGAUGGCAAAUUUAAUGAAAGAAUCAAACUUGAAUCAGCUAAUAACUCACAGCCAGGAGUAUUGCUGCUGCUGUUGCCACUGCAGGGAGAUAUUGAACCAAAUCAAAACGGUGGAGACGAAGCUAUGGAUCAAAGUAUGGAGUUGAAUUCCAUGAUUGAGAGUAUGAAGGAGUUGACAUUAUUGGAUAGGUUUAAAGGAAUGAUUCGCAAGAAUUCAACCAAUAUGCUUAAACGGUUGAAUAGCUCCAGUUUUGAUUUGCUUUUGUUCAAGAAUGGCGAAAAUGGGUUUAUGGAUGCGACUACACGUAUAGUAGUCCCCUCAUCUUCAUUGUCAUUAUCGAAUUCGCCAUCACCAAGCAAGAUCAAAUUUGAAGAAUAUGUGAAAUCAGAGUCUGAUGAACCAAAAGAUCAACAAAAUCAACAAAAUCAACAUGAUCAACAAGAUCAGGCAAAUUCGAUGAUGCCAUCAGUAUCAACGAGCACUCCAACUCCAAUAACACCGAAUAAUUACUACUCAACUUUUAAAUCUACCCGUCAUCAUAAACGCAACAAAGGGAAACUAUCUACCACAACUUGUACCACCCCAUCGUCAUCAUCAUCAUCUCCAAAACGUAAAAAAUCAUUCUUGCAUUUACGUUCAGCUUCAUUACCCUUUAAUUUUUUCGAUUUCAAACUGAAUCGUCAUCAACACCACCACAGUCAUUACAAUCAUCAUCAUUUGUCAAAGGGUGAUCACAAAACCAGUGAUUAUUGUUGUUCUCAAUUACAUCUUGAUCCACCAAAACUGAUUUUGAAAUGUAAAGUGAAUCAAAAUUAUAAUCAAGAAUCAAUUGAAUCAAUAAAACAGGAUCUGAUUCAAUUUGAUGAGUUUUGGCGUAAAUUUGAAUUGAUGGAACAGGCUAAGAAUAAUUAUAGUAAUGAUGAAUUGUUGAAUACUAUGCGGUUGGAACAGGUUCGGAAUUACUAUUAUGGUAAUUGA